CGUCUGAUAUCCCGACACCGCCGGAAGUUGGGGUGGGAAAACAUCAAAUCAAGUCACAGAGAAGUGAGAAGAAACUUUGUGGUAAUUUCCAGUUUAUCCCCAGUUCCUCCAGUGACAGAAGUUCCGAUUCAUGCAGUGACUGAAGAAAACCCAGAAAUAAAAACAAUGUUCUCGUCCAUCCUCGGGCUAGUGGCUAUUUGGUACCUCUAUCGCUGGUACAAAGAAAGCAAAAGAAUUUCCAACAAGGGGGAUAAAUAUGUGUACAUCACCGGCUGUGACUCCGGGUUCGGGAACAACCUGGCCAAACAUCUGGACAAGCUGGGCUUCCGUGUGAUCGCAGGCUGCUAUACAGAGAGGGGUGAGUUAGAGCUGAAGGAGUUGUCAUCCGAAAGGCUAACGACCAUUUCCCUGGACGUCACCAAGUCCGAAAGUGUCAAAAAGGUGGCGGCUUCCAUCAAGUCUCUUGUCGGAGAAAAAGGUCUUUGGGCUGUUGUAAACAAUGCUGGGGUUGCCACACCAUCCGGUCCCACCGAGUGGCUCACCAUAGAGGAUUACAAAUCCAUGCUAGCCGUCAAUCUCAAUGGAGUAAUUGCCGUCACUCUGAGCGUGCUCCCUCUCAUCAAGAUGGCAAGGGGCAGAGUGGUAAACGUAGCCAGUGUGUUUGGGCGACUCAGCCCCUUCGGGGGACCUUACUGCGUGUCCAAGUAUGGAGUGGAGUCCUUUAAUGACAGCUUGCGAUUAAACAUGGCACCAUUUGGAGUGAAAGUGUUGUGCAUCGAGCCAGGCAUCUUCAAAACAAGCGUGACUGACACCGUGAUGCUGAAAAAUAACUUGAAGAGCCUCUGGGAUAGAUUAUCCCAGGAUAUGAAGGAUGAAUAUGGGGAAGCUUACUUGGAGACAACUCUUGAACAACUGGAUGAAAGGUUCAGGCAGUUGCGGGAUGGGGACCUGAUGAAGGUGGUCCACUGUAUGGAGCAUGCCGUCGCCGCAGUCCACCCUCGCUACCGCUACUCCCCAGGAUGGGACGCCAAGUUACUCUGGCUGCCCAUGUCGUACAUGCCGACUUGGAUAGCAGAUAAAUUUUUCCUUCGAAACAGUCCCAAACCCAAAGGGUCUGUGCUGUAGUUUCUGAAAUGUUUGUGAUUUGAGAAGCAUUGUCGGCUUAUUCAAAGAUCACUUCGUGUGCUUAAUUACCACAAUAAAUGUGAUUUAACUACUAACAUGUCAACUUUA